GCAAGCAGGUGCAGUAAUAGUGGACAAAUUGGCAAUCACCAACAUAAACACUAUUCUCAAUCCCGCUCUAAGUGGUGAAACCCAAGUAGAGAAGUUCGAGCUAAAGGUGGCCCUCAAUGCUUACCUAGGAGAACUAGUUUCUUCUCCAGUCAGGUCGUUAGCUGAAGUGAUCUCCUUCAAUACAAAAAAUCCUUCUUUGGAGAAAACAACUACAUAUGGUCAAGACUUUUUUAUAGGUGCUCAAAAGACAAGUGGAAACAUUGGGGCAGCAGAGAAAAAGGUGUAUGAGAAGCUGAAAAAACUUGAUGAUGAUGGGUUUGUGAGUCUGAUGAAUAAAAACAAUUUGUUUGCAGUCGUGACUCCAGGGAGUCGGUUCUCAACAGUGCUUGCUAUUGGAGGACACCCAGGAAUCAACGUUCCAGCAGGAUUUCAACCGAAUGGAAUGCCUAUUGGAAUCACAUUUGGUGGACUAAGGGGUUCAGAACCAAAGCUCAUUGAGAUUUCUUAUGCUUUUGAACAGUUGACACUUGCUAGGAAACCUCCUUCCUAUGAAAUGUUAACAAAGACUCUAAACACAAUUGCCAACCAAGACGGUAUUACUAGCAGCGAUUCCUUAAUCGAAAUGAUCAUUUAG